UGUCUGUGUGCGCGUGCCAGCGCGGUGCAGUGCACGAUGCCGCGGGUCCAGCGGGUUCAGCCGUAAUGAAGCAGUGGGACGCGUCUCACCGGACGGACCCCGCGAACCCUUCUUCUUCCCUGCAGGAGACGCUGUCCGGCGGGUAGCCGCAAACUUCGGACUUCGGUGGGGGUUUUCUUCUUUUUUUUAAUUUUUGUUCGCUCUGCAAAAGGCGCACUGAAAUCAGCUGAGGGUUCCUGAGAUGACGGAAGUGGAGCCGGUGUUGGACUUUGCCUCCUCGGGGCGCUCGGGGAGGAGAAAUGCCCUACCUGACAUCCUGGGCUCACCGGCAGGCGUAAACCCCGCCGACCUCCCUCUCAAGCUGGCUGAAAUGUCCCUCACAGAUGGUCCGGGAGGGGCCCAGUCCCCGACGGCGGAGGGGCCUCCGGCGCCGCCGGAGAGCUCGGAGGACAAGGAGGGAUCGUAGGGACUUUUUUUUUUUUUUUUUUUACUUACCUCCCCGGAGACAUGCAAAGAUGACCCGAGAGACGGGACGAGUUAGAGGGCGACCCGCGGGAGAGGGAGAGAAAGAGAGAGAGAGAGAAAGAGAGAGAGAGAGAGAAAGAGAGAGAGAGAGAGAGAGAGAGAGAGAGAGAGAGAGAGAGAGAGAGAGAGAGAGGGAGAGGGAGAUUAUCUGCGGGGAGUCGGCCUCCGUGCGAAGCCGCCGCCCCACGGAGGGAGAGUGACGAAAUCCACUCCUCCCCACAGGACUGCAGCCGGGCGCUCAGCAGCACUAUCUGAGAAGAGUCAGACGUGUGCGUGCGUGUGCGUGCGUGUCUGGGUGAGUGAUCCACUCGCCGCAUUCACCACGCUGAGAAUCAAACGGGACUCCGACAGAUUGUACACAAUUUUUGUAUGAUUUAUUUGGAACUGACGAAAAACAGGAACCUAAUAGAAAAAAAAACUGUGUUCCAUUUCCUGUGGAGUUUUUGUUCUGUAUUCAUGUGUGUUUUUAAACAUUGAGUACAGUAGGAGGACAUUUGAUAGCAGCCCGUAGCGGCUCCAAGCUUUUUAAUUCAGCUCGAUGCAAAAACAUGUCACAUAAGUGAACAGUAGAUUUAAGAAAAUUGAAGACUAUCUGUGUCGUCUCCUGUUAUUACACUAACUGUGUUUAGUCUACUGUGCGUUUUCAAACCGGAGGCUGUUGUGCAGUGUGUCUACAUUGCAAAUGUAGUUUUUACCCUCCAUUGCAAACUGUUUGAAUCCUGGUAACAGCAAACGGGGGAUUUCAUCCAUUUUUUUAAGGCGUCUAAAUGGCGAGAAGUGAUAAGGUGGAUGAACCGUCCACAUCUUGAGACAUUCCUUCAGAGAAAAGUGUCCCACUGCCAGCAAUGAACACGCUGCUUCAUUAUAACACAGAGAAAAGAUUUCCUUUUUUUUUUUUUUUGUUUCGUUUUGCUCAAGGCUGCUUCUACUGUGCCUAGUGGCAACUCACAGCCCCAAACGUGUGUUGUGUUCUUUUCUCUGUGACGUACUGUUAUCCACUGUUUCGGGCUACGGAUAUUUCCUGGGUUUCAAUAGGAGGUAUCGCGACCAGUCUCCACUGCUUGCACUGUAAAUGAAAGAGAAAACACUUUUGUAGAACUUUGCAUCCGCGGAUCCGACGCGUCGUCGUCGCGUGAACCUCUGCGGGGGCCUCUCGGCCUCCUUGCACGCGCUUCUCAUUGCAUAUGCCCGCUCACUGGCCCCCGGGGGGCCCGAGCGAUUUUUUCUCGGCCACCGAUAAAAAAAAAAAGGCCAGCGCGCUCGCCUUCUGCCUCUCUCUGCAAGGAGAAAAGCCUGUUCACACACUCAUCGACACAUAAACAGGGCCGUGAAUGGGGCGCGACAAGCGGCUCUCCUCCACUCACUGCUACUGUAAAUAUACCGUAUUGUAGGAUAACCCGCGUGCGCGCCAUACAUGCUGCUCGUGUGAUUAUCGGACUGUACUCAUAAUGAACCCGUAGAGGAAACGCUGUUCUGUAACCGUCUUAUCGGUGGCCGUGUCUUUAUGUGGAUGUGUAUCACAAAUGCAACAAGGAAGGCCUGGUGUGACGCUGCCCAGCCUCGGUUUUUGAUGCUGUACUUCGUGUUCACUGUCUACACAAUACUAGGAUCAACACUUUUGGGGGGGGGGGGUUGGUGGAUGACUCAGAUGUGUAUUUUGUAGUGUCCUGAUCUCUAAGUGGUGCAUAUAUUUUACUUAGCUGGAUUGAAUCCCCUGUGUUGAUUCUAUCUGGGAGUGGAGAUUGCUAUAUUAAAACCACAAGCUUUACAUAAA